UUAGGGCCUUGACGUCCCUGAGGUACCCAUGAACGACAGCCGCUCUGAGAGCUUUAAGCUACAGUAUGAACUGGUUGCGAAGCUUUGUCCUCUGAUGGUAAGGACAAUCAUGGCUACAACCAUAGCCAAUCAACCACCUACUAUUCAAGAAGCAGUGAUGUCAUCCGAGAACAUCCAUGUGAAAGAGCUGUGUGAGGCAGGUAUCAAACCUCUCAAAGAGAACCAUGUACCCAAUGACUCUGAGACAAACAUCAUGGUCAGAAGGGCUUUGAGUGAAAUUGAAUCCUGUAUGAUUGAGAACUCUGACAAGGACUCUCCCAGUCUACAUUCCACACCAGACGUGGUUGUAGACCUGAUCACCAAGCUGCUUCAUGGGUAUGAGCUUGACUCAGAGGACUUUGCAUCACCUGUGUCAUCCCCAACCACCACUCUCUCUGAUGUGGCAAUGGACAUGGUGGUUUCUGUCCUUCGGGACAUGUCCGAUUCCCCAGACGUUCCCUCAGCAUUGGAAAUGACCAAGGAUCUCAAGACGCCGUACUCCCGCCCCUCAAGUGCAAGGAUUGUAAGUGCCCUCUGCAGAGAGCUGGAGGAGCACAUGGGCUCUCCUGAUGCUUUGAGGCGAGCUUUGAGCCGCGGCAGCGGGGAGAUGACAACAGCCAUUGCGAGUGCAGUCACCAGGGAAGUCAACCGUCUGGGUUCAAUCGUACCCAAAGUCUCUGUCCGGCCGCUCUCCUCAGACAUCUGCCUAAGGACAGACCAGGACAAGGUCAUGGUUAAGAGCCGAUGUGGCUCGGCUGAGGUGAAGGCAUCCCAACCGGUGUAUAUUAUUGUUCACGUAGAGGCGGUGAUGGAUAUCAUUGUCCGGCUGCGGUCUCUGAUUGUUCCUCGGACCCAGGAUAAACUGGCCAGCUGGACCCUAGUUGAGGAUGUGACCAACAAGCUGUCCAGUGCUCUGUGGGUGAGGGUGACUAACAGGUGGAGGGAAGCAAAUGUCUGCCUGAAAGCAACAGACAUCUUUCAGCUGGUGCUGUCUGUGCAUAGAAAGUUGAUGCAACGCUAUGGCACAGAGGAAGCCCUACAGAAGAUACUGUGCCACAAGGCACCCAAGCUGCACAAGGACAUUGUCUGUCUUGUCACGAACGCAAUUAUGGAUGCACCAUCCAAACUUCAAGGCACCAAAAAUCUGGAAUCUACACUCAACUUGAAAGAAUUGACAGCCUUGUUUAAUGAAAUGACAACCCGUCAAUCUUUGAAUGAGAAAGCUGAGCAGAGCAGCAUCAAGACUGAGAUUGAACAGCCGGAGUGGUCCACUGUGGAACAAGUGACAUCCGGUUCCAGCAGCUUCAUUAGGGAGCUUAUAUUAGAAGAAGUCCUGAUGAAGCUUGUCAAGAAGAUAUGCCGUAUGCCAAAAAGGACCAACAAACAUCAGCGCAUCCAGAUCAGUGAUCUGGUGACUGAGCUGAUCCGAUUGUUCGAUGAUGAGGUGGCCAAAUAUCUGAUUGAGGAAAUGGGAAGCCAGCAAAAAAGUUUCAAUUCUAAGAUGACAUCGAAGCUGGCAGAUGCCAUCUACACUGACCUUGGGAAGGUCAAGCGUUUGAAACGCUCCUUGAAAAUUGACGAUUUAUUUGAGGAUCAGGAGAUGCUUUCCAUUGUCUCUGUCAUUGUUUCCCACAAGCUACUGGCCAUCUUGAAACCCUCAGUGCCCAGCGAGACCUCAGACCUUGAAGACUCAUGCAGUGAUGAUGUGGAGGAUGUGGAAUCUGAGGGGGUGCAUUAUGCCACCGGCAGAAAGUCCAAGAUGAGCAUUGUCCUUAAAGACACUACAGACCAGCCAGAGAUGUACAUUGCUGUGGAUUCUCCACCUAUGAUUAAAUUAUCCAAGAUGAGGAAAGGCAUCCGGGGCUUCUUCUGGAGAGUCCAGAAGGCCUGGAAACGCUUGGUCACCUGCAAGUCCUCUGGGUCCUCUGAUGGGUAGCCUGGAUGACGUGCAGCCCAUGUCAGUUGCUUUUGCCAGGCUACAUCUGAGGAGGACACCACAACUGGCCUCAAUAAAACAUUUUGAUUUUUGUUGUUCAUUUCUGUUUUCUUUUUGAGUCCCUUAAUGCUGCUAUAUUUGAACCAGGCUGUCAGUGGACUAGCUUGCCAUUAGUUUAUACUCCUUAAGGAAGAUCCACUAUAGGCUACUUAACACCAAAAUUCCAUCUGGGUCUUUUGAUCCCUUAUUAGCUCCCACUCCUGUAACUAGGAAUGUGAGCUUCUAAAUGUCAUUCAGACAUCUACAGCUGCUCCUGUGAUUAGGAAGAUAAGCUAAGAAGCCCAACCAAUUGACUAGAUGUGCUGUACAUCUGAUGCCCUCUCCCUAUUGUAAUCAUUGAUCCACGUCCAUUGCAGCCUCUACAUUUGAUGUAGAUAUUUAGCCUAAAUUAUAAAAUGACAAGGAGGGUAGGCCGACAGCAGCUUCUACUCUUACGAUUAGGAAAGUGGUGCUAAACUUUUUGGGCUUUGAGGAACUAUGUAUUUUAUUUUUCAAUCACUUACAUACUUUUUAAUGGUUGUUUUAAUAAACCAUUUGUAUUGUAGAUUGAUUAAUAUUGUAUCUUUUAUAAUUUUUUAUUUAGGUAUUCAUUUGAUGACAUGGGACUAAAGCGUAGUUUAUACCCUACAUACGUACACAAGAAAUAACUUCACAAGCAGCUACACAAAAAACACUCAGUAUUAAGAUAUUCAUUAUGGCGCUUUAUAUUAUAGUAGAAAUAAUGUAAAUGAAUAAAAGUGAAUUGACGUAUGUCAA